GACAGAAAACCAAAUACCUUUUUCUCUUUCCAUUUUUGUAGAAUUUCAACUCCUUCUUUCCUCAAUCUUUCACAAUGAUCUUUUCCUGAUAGGUUCUAGAUUUAAAAUUAACCCUUUGUUCACUAGCUACUGGCUAGCUUCUCUCUUCUUCAAUCUUCUCUGCCGACAUUUAAUUACUCUUCCUUUCCGGGUUUCAAUCUUUACAGAUCUAAUUGUGGCAGAAAAGAGCAAGUCAAAGCAGGAAAAAUGGUGAGAGGAAAGAUAGAGAUGAAGAAAAUAGAAAACGCAACGAGUAGACAAGUGACUUUCUCAAAAAGAAGAAAUGGUUUGUUGAAGAAAGCUUAUGAGCUCUCAGUACUCUGUGAUGCUCAAAUCUCCCUCAUCAUCUUCUCUCAGAGAGGAAGGCUUUAUGAAUUCUCUAGCUCUGAUAUGCAGAAGACGAUCGAACGCUACCGCAAGUACACAAAAGACCAUGAAACCAGCAAUCACGACUCACAAAUUUACUUACAGGAAUUGAAACAAGAAGCAAGCCACAUGAUAACAAAGAUUGACCACCUUGAGUUUCACAAGCGGAAGCUAUUGGGACAAGAAAUUGCUUUUUGUUCUCUAGAAGAGCUUCAAGAAAUUGAUUGUCAACUACAAAAAAGUCUGGGCAAGGUCCGAGAAAGAAAGGCUCAGUUGUUCAAGGAGCAGGUGGAGAAACAAAAAGCAAAGGAGAAACAAUUGUUAGAAGAGAACGUUAAGUUACAUCGAAAGAAUGUUAUAGAACCAUGGAGAGGAUCGAGUGAUCGGCAGCAAGAGAAAUACAAAGUUAUAGAUCUGAAUUUGGAAGUUGAAACGGAUUUAUUCAUCGGUUUGCCAAAUAGAAACUGUUAGUAACAUUAUAUAAUAUGUUUAUUUACUUAUCAUGAAAUAUUAUUCAAAAUCAUUCAAUAAAUUGUGAGGUAAUGA